CGCUCCAGCGGCCGCCGGUAGGGGGCGCUGCGCGGCGCCACGCUCCUACAGUAACAUGGCGGUGUGACCGGACCAGACGGUGACUUUCAGCUGGAAACGACGCGGCGGCAUGUUUACAUUUCACAUUUUGUGGAAAACGAUGAUGAAAUAAUCGGUACCGGCACCGUCCGCGCCGCUUCGCUGACUCCGGACCCGUGUAGUUCCCGGGCGCACAGCUUGGGAGUCGAUCCCGGGCGGCCGGGUUCCGGCUCCUCCGGGUUCUGCUCGGCGCUUUGCCGCCUCUGCCACCGGAGAAGAGGCCUUCGGCGGACGCGGGGAUUUGGAUUUGGAUCCACACAUGAGGACAGAACCGACGGGACAGUUCCUGCAGAAACCCGGAUCUCAUGGAGCCUCUUGACUCUGGUCCAGGGCAGGAGCCGCCGCCAGAGCAGGGUUCGGAUUUGUCUCCCAGCUCCAAAGGACGUCAACGGAAGAAGAACUCCAAAUACCUCGACUAUGAAACUGAUUAUAGUUUAGAUGCAGAAGGUUUGCAACAAAAGCAUCCCAGUAAAAGCCCGCGAGGAGAAAAGGCCUCUCCUAAAAAGACUCCAUCAAGGGGCCGGAAACCUGCAAGUGGCUCCCAGCGAGCUGCCAGUGAGAAAAACGAUGAGUCGGACAGAACCGCUCCAGAGCCUGAUGGAGAACCACCAGAGGAACCUCCUAAGAGGACGCCAAGGGCCAGGAAGACCUCCACCAGGAGGACCCCUGCCCCGAAGGCCCCGGCUGCAGGUGGAGGCGCCCAGCAGCAAAACGGGACGCCGCCCAAGGGAAAGUGUGGGAGGAAGCAGCGGAACCAGGGAGCGACGGCGGCCUCAGAACCGCCGCGUGGGGAGGAGCGGGGGCAGCCUCCCGCCGAGGAGGAGGCGGCGGGCGGACGUCCCCGCAGAGGAGCGGCCAAAGCGGCGCUGAAGUACCUGCACAGUUUGGCAACGGAGAUGUUCGAUUCUCAGCCCGGUGCCAAGAGUGAAGUCACCGGUCCGGCUCCGAAAACUCCCAACAGAACCAAAGUGACCAAGGGCCAAAAGAGGAAACGUCCUGAUUUUGACAGUGACGCUCCAGACGAUGAAGACUUUGUGCCCGGUCGAGGUGAAGAAGAGGAAGAGGAAGAGGAGCUCGAUGAGACGGAGGACGAAGAAUCGGCAGAGAGCUCGGACGUGGACUCAGACGUCAGGAGAGGAGGAAGUCGUCCAGCUCGACAUAGCAGAUCAUUCAACAACUUCAAAGGCAGGAUCGGCUUCACCAUUAACACCAUGAAGGUCGUCUGGGAGUGUAUGGAGGCUACGAAGAAGUUCCGACAGGAGCGCCUCAGCAGCUGGGUGUUUGCAGACUGGGUCCCGUCCACCAGCGCCUGGGCCCGUGUUCCUCAGAGGGAGGUGGACACGUACCUGCCAGAGGAGCCUCGUUCUGCUGCGUUCAGGGUCUCCAGAGAAGGACUCAGGAAGGAGGAGACUCCUCUGCGGAGGCUGGACAGGUUCGGCUCGGUGCCGGUCCACCCCGAGCGCUGGGACGGGCUGCUGUUUGCGGGCGGGCCGGUCUGGGCCAUGGAGUGGUGUCCCACGCCUGACGGCGUCGCGGCCUCUCAGUUCAUAGCGCUGUCCUGCCACCGAGGGAUGGAUGAGCGGCACCACGUGAACAGGACGUACACCGGGCCGGGGCUGGUUCAGCUGUGGGACGUGGGCCGGCUGGAGUACAACGCGAGGCCUCAGUCCCAGCCUUCGCUGGCUUAUGCUCUGGCCCAGGACAAAGGCUUCAUCUGGCAGCUGAAGUGGUGUCCUGCAGGAGGCUGGGAGCCGCCCACCUCUGCGAGAAAGGCUCCGCUCUUGCCCAGACUGGGUCUCCUGGCCGUCGCCACCUCCAGCAGCGUGGUCACCAUUUACAGCCUCCCUCACCCUGCAGCUCUGAACUCCAGCAACUCCAACUCUGAAAACAGCAGCCAGCAGCUGCACAUAUACAAGGCGAAGGGACUGGUGACGCUGAAGCUGGGGGCCUUCAAAGCCCCGCGCCUUGAGAGAAGCGGGCAGGUGCUGUGCAUGGACUGGCUGCCUGAGAAGCCCCACGACAUCAUCGUCAUCGGGUUCUAUGACGGCACAGUGGGUCUGUGGAACCUGUCCACCAAGUCCUCGCUGCUGCGAAUCCGAGAGCCCGACGCGUCCCUGAGCCUGCUGCCGUACCGGUGCCUCCUGGCUCACGAGCACGCGGUCCGGGCCCUGGCCUUCUGUCCAGCCUCCAGGCACCUGUUGGUGACAGCAGGAGAGGACCGUUACGUGAAGACCUGGGACCUGAGGAGGCCCUAUGACCCCAUCACCGUCCAGAAGCGCUACCUGACCAACGAGAUCUACUGGCCCCUGAAUGGACCGGGCAUCAUCUUGGCCCAGGACUGUGCUUAUGCUCCGAAAUCGCAGGGUGUCCAUUACCUUGAUCAUCUCUUCAACUCCUUCUUUGUAAUUCCUCGGUCGACCACCGUGUGGUCCUUGUCCUACACUGAUUGGAUGAACAGUGUGGUGGCGUGCGACAGCUUUGGAGAAGUGAUCUUUGCUGUGUUGCCUCAGUUGAACAGCUUUCCUCCGUACGCCAAACGCACGCUGGAGAGGCGCUUGCCCAUCUACCUCUCAUCUGUGCUGCCUGAUGACAAACCUGGAGACCAUGAAACCGCAGGAGGAGCGGAGCACGGCGCUGGUAAAGCACAGGAAGGAAGCGUGAGGGAAGAUUCAGAUGCUCCGUCUGACAAAGGGAACAAACAGGUUAAUGGAGACGAUGGCGACGGAGACGGUGCAGAGAGAACAGAUCCCAGUCAGCCGUCAGAAACCUACAAAGAGGCUCUGAGGAGAUGCCGCCUCCUGCAAGAAGACUUCGACUUGCAAUCCUUUGUAGGAAUGGAAAAGAGAGCUUUGUGGAAACGUAUGAAAAACACAGAGAUUGGGGUAAAGCUGGACACAGAUAAAAUGACUAUAGCUGCACUACAUAAGGUGCGUUUCAACCCAAACAUGAACUGCCAUGUGUGGGUGGCGUCUGGAGGCCAGACUGGGCUGGUGAAGCUCAACUGUCUGAGGGGAAUGAUCAGCUCUGAGUCCAAGAAGAUAGUAGGUGACGGCCGGACGCGGGUGAACGCGCAGCAGUCGACCAACGAGCAGGAAGACGCCGGCCAAAGCGUGACAGACGAGCUAUAGCAGGAGCAGCAGGUGGACCGCAUUUUAACACCAUCACAAGACUUAACAAUGACAGCUCAUCGAGGAGCCUUUUCCCUGAAAAGGCCUAAUUCACGUUUACAGCGUCUCAUUCUUCCUU